AAUGGUUUCAGGAGACACUACUGAGGAUGAGAAUAUAGGGUUGGGAUGUGCCCUGGAUAAAUUCGGGGAUCUGGAGGAGAUCAAUAAGAUGAUGGGAGCUGCGUGGGAACAUCUUGAGAAUGAACGGGACGAGGAGCAGAUCCUUGAAAGAUGGAAGUAUGUACUUGAUCUGUACCAGGAGCAACCUCAUCUCAUAGAUCCUCACCUAGACACUAUCCUAGGAAAUCUUGUAAAGAUGAUCAGGAAGCAUACAACAAAUCCACAAUUAUAUAUCACCACUCGACUUCUAUUCCAUCUUACAAAGGUUCGAGGUUACAAGAUUGUGGUUCGGCAUUUCCCUCACGAGGUUGAUGACCUGGAGUUCGUGGUUUCUCUUCUCCAGGCCCAGGAUGAGAAGAACACAGAAACCUGGGAAACAAGAUACGUUCUUCUUCUUUGGCUUUCGAUUAUCGUCAUCAUUCCCUUUAACAUGUCGAGGUUUGACAGUGGAAACCAGGAACCUUUGUCAGAAAGAAUACUCACACUCUGUAAAGUUCAUCUGACGUCUCGAGAUAAGUCCCGAGACGCCGCAAGCUAUCUCGCUUCCAAGUUUUUGACAAGACCUGAUACAAGGGAUACGUCUCUACCUGCAUUCCUAGACUGGGCUCUCGUCACAGCAACCAAAGAUGGGGCCCGGGAACCUGAUAUAACCGGUGGAUUGAUGGCUCUUUCUUCUGUUGUAAAACACUCAAAAAGAGAGGAUUUACUUGAGUUUGCUCCCGCAGUUCUCACUCGGAUUAUAAAAUCUGGGUUUAAGGAGCACACAAACACGUUCAUCAGGAAACUAUCGUUAAAACUUAUCCAAAGAUUAGGAUUAGUCUUUCUCAAGUCUAAAAUAGCAACCUGGAGAUAUCAGAGGGGCUCCAGAUCCCUAACUAUCAAUCUAAACCUAGCUCCUGUUCAACCUGUUCCCGGAGUUAAAGAAGUGGAUCUUGAGGAGGAGGAUUAUGAUGUCCCGGAGAUAGUUGAGGAAGUUAUUGAUGAGCUCCUCAAUGGAUUGAAGGACAGAGAAACUGUCGUUAGAUGGACUGCCGCUAAAGGUAUCGGCCGUGUAACAGGACGCCUAGCGCAAGAGCUGGCAGACGAAGUGGUUGGAUCUCUCCUGGAGCUGUUCAGUGAUAGAGAGACAGAUUCGGCCUGGCAUGGAGGAUGUUUAGCUGUAGCGGAGUUAGGACGAAGAGGACUACUCCUACCAAUCAGGCUUGGAAAGGUUGUUGAGUUUAUUAUAAAAGCUCUUGUCUACGAUGAGAAGCGAGGAAGUUUCUCUGUUGGAUCUCAUAUAAGAGAUGCUGCAUGCUAUGUUUGCUGGGCCUUUGCGCGAGCAUAUGCACCAGAAGUUCUUCAACCCUUUGUUCAGGAUCUGGCUAGUAGCCUUCUUAUUGUUACAGUCUUUGACAGGGAAGUCAACUGCAGAAGAGCAGCAUCGGCAGCUUUCCAAGAGAACGUUGGACGUCAAGGAACCUUUCCUCAUGGAAUUGAUAUUCUAACUGCUGCUGACUACUUCACAGUUGGACAGAGAUCGAAUGCGUAUCUGGUAAUAAGUGAGUAUGUUGCCAGGUUCGGAGAAUAUAGUAAACCUUUAAUCUCCCACCUGGUAGAGAGGAAGGUGGGACACUGGGAUGCAGCUGUACGAGAGCUUGCUGCUAAAGCUCUGAACAGGUUGACCCACUGUGACCAAUUGUAUAUGCUGAGCUAUGGUUUGCCAAGUCUGCUAGAUAUGUGCGUAUCCUCAGAUCUGUUUUCAUCUCAUGGAGCUACUUUAGCUGUCGGUCAGACUGUCUUGGCGCUAAGUCAAAUUGCUCUCAAGGAUGGUUUGAGUGUAAAUAAGAUACUAGGAGAUGAUCUGACCGAGAAGAUCGCAACUUUGAUGGAUCGGUUAAUCCUGAAAAACAAGCUGCGUGGUCUAGGAGGAGAACUAAUGCGCCAAGCUGCUUCAGAUUUUAUUGAAAACUCUUCAAUGGCUGGACUACCAUUGCCUCCUUCUGCAGUCACCACCUGGAAAACUGUUUUAGAUGAAAACCUUAGUGAUAUGGACCAGAGAGUACAGAGUGCAUCCGUUUCAGCUAUACCUGCCUUCACUUCUCAAUACUAUAUAAAUAAUGGUAUUCUGGACCUAAAUGCCAGGGAUACCAUACUCACUCAGUAUUUUACCAUGCUCAAAGGGAAUGAACAGCAUCGUAAAGGAUUCUCCCUGGCUCUUGGAGCCUUGAACACUAAACUCAUUCUUGGUAGACAAGAAGAUAUCAUCAACAAUCUUAUCAGAUGUUCUAGGAUAACUGAAGGAACAGAAAAAUGGGCGGAGGGGAGAAGAGACGCUCUGAAAGCUUUAACCAGUGUUGGAACUAAACUAGAUAGAUAUAUCAGUAAUGAACUAAUUCAUCAUAUUUACGACUGCUUCAUGAUCUCUCUCGAGGACUACACUGUGGACAGACGGGGUGACGUCGGAGCUUGGGUGAGAGAAGCUGCUUUGACCGGAAUAGAGUUGUUUACUCUUAAACUUCUGAGUUGGGACAGCAGCAAGAUACCACCAUCUAUUGUUGGACAGUUUAUGCCCUGCCUAGCCCAGCAGGCGGUAGAGAAGAUAGAUAGAACCCGAGGUCAUGCAGGACGGAUAUUCCAUACUAUCCUUCACGCUAAAUCCUCCGAGGGUAAUACAGUCCCAGGAAUUCGAGUCCGGGAACAGCUUCUUGAAAUAUUCCCGGAGAACUGUGACGUCAAGUGGGCCGUGGAAUCAGAAACCUUCCCAAUGUUUGUUAAAAUGCUAAGGUUGAAGGAGUAUUCGGAGAGGAUGCUUCUUGGUCUUGUUGUCAGUGUUGGUGGGCUCACGGAGAGAUUAGUUAAAAAUUCGAGUCAAAGUUUGUUCAAUGAACUAAACUCAAUGAGUUCAGAAGAAAUAAAGUUGUUCUGUUCAAAUAUUUUGAGUCUUUUCAAUGCAUUUCAAAAAAAUGACCGAGUCACUUUACCGUUUCUCAAGUUCCUAGAUCAAGUAUUUACCUCCUCCUGUCUGGACUCUGUACUGCAGGAUCCUAACUCCGGGUUCCCUCUCGACCUUCUCCUCCUCUGUAAGAACGAACUUGUCAAGUGUGGAGAUCCGAACAAGCUGAUGGCAAGCAGUGAGGUCUUCUGUCAACUUCUCCAGGCUGAGAACCCGCAGUGUCCUCGGAAAUGUUUGGUUCAGAUCGCCAUAUUUCUCUGCCAUCGGUUCCCCAGGGUUAGAAAGUACUCUGCGGAUAAACUUUAUGAAGCUUUGCUAACGUUUGCCGACAGGGAGAUAGUUCCAGAGGAGAACCUGGAUGAAGUAAUGAACCUGCUAAGUGAGACGAACUGGAUAGAGACGAGUAUAGAUGAGCUGCGAGGUAUACGGAACAAGAUCUGUGAGCUGUCAGGAGUGCCUGCUCCAGCAAUAAAGAAACAACCAUGAAAUCCUUUUAUUUAAGCUUUGUUCCGCAUCUGCUUUAUAUAUUUAUGCAUCAUCUGUGCACUGCACAGUUUGUAGUUCCAGUUCAUACAAGUAUGCAGUGUACAGUGUACACGUACAGUUCACUAUACACGUACAAUACACUGUACAGUGUACAUGCAUUAUGCAGUCGCCUAAUAACAUCAGUUCUGUGUUAACAUUAAGUUGUCCCAAAAUUUGCACUAAUCCCGUUAUCACACACACACUUUCCAUUUCCAGUCCUUGUUUACUGUAAUACUAAACACUGUUAAUAUUCACAUAUGCAUUUAAUACCGAUAAUACAUUCAUUAAGCACAA